CCCAUAACGCGCAUCGUGCCCUAAAAGGUUAAAUCUCCUCCGCCGCCGAAGAGUUGAGCAAGACGAAGAAGAAGCAACAGACAGAUUCACAAAUGGCGGGCGGCGGGCUGUUCGGCGGCGCGGGAGCGUUCUGGGCGACCCGAGCACUGGAGGUGGUGAAGAGGAACGACUCCCCGGGGCUGUUGUGGAAGCGGAUCAAGCUCACCACUACCCGAAAGAACAACGCCAAGAAACGCCUAAAGCGCCUCUGGCAGAACGAAGCAGUUAUAAGAGCUUGUGGUCAAGUAGAAUCAUCGUCGACAUCAAGCACCGCAGCAGCAGCUGGGAAACAACAGUAGUUACCGAAGUCAAUCUGUGACGCGUGGGAAGCUGUAUGGAAGUUGAAAUAUGUUGUUGACCUUUGUAUUAAAUGCUGAAGCCUAAACCAUAUCCUUUUAUUGUUUCAUAUUUUUCAGUCUGUCGGUCCCAGAAAUUGGAACAAGUACAUGCAUGUACACAUCCGCUUUCUUCAUCAAAGGGGACAUCAUUGCUUGCCGCCA